AUGGGAAUGGGACGAGCCGGUGUGGGCGGCAACGACGGCGAGGAGGUGGAGUUUUGGUCGGAGGUGGCGGAAACGAGCAGGGAGUGGUGGCGGAGCGGGGCGACGGAGGGAGUGGGGAAGUGUUUGGAAGGCGCGUGCUGCCGAUUGAGGGAGGGGGGGUGGAGGGAGGAGGAGAUUCGGGAGAUGAUGAAGGGUGGGGAGGAUGAGGUGGAGGGAGGUGGGCCCCCGGAAGACCAAGGGGACGUGGCGCUGCACGUGAGAUUAUGGUCGCGGAGGUUGCUGCGUGCGGGAUGGAGCAGGGACGAUGUGGUGUACUCUCUGGGCGCAGCCUUGUAGGCGUAGGGAAUUAAAUUAGAGAGAAAUAAAGGGAGGUGGACUUUUUUGGUAAACAACUUUGGUGCAGAGCAAUGGAGGCGUAUGUACAUCGAUCUCCCAUUCGGAUGAAGCUUGUUGUUUAGGGUGUUUUGGAAGAAGAAACAAAACCGAGCGGAGACAUCGCGGACCCACAGGAGAGUAAGUCAAUAGCCA